AAAUACACUUUUUGGUUGCUCAGUGGAAGGAACAAGGGCUUCCAGUCACUGUGGCCUCUGAUUUGACUCUCCAAGAAGCCCUUCUCUUGGCUCUUCUCUCUGUUCUCCAAGUCCGGGAGCCAGGGAGAGGGAGAGGGAGAAGGGUAUCUGUGGCUGGCCAGCUGCUCCAUUGUGCUGGGCCAGUGGUGGAGGAGGAACCAUGAAAUGCUGGAUUUGGAGACUAAGCCUUUUGCUGCUUCUGACCCAGAGUGGGGCCCAGCAUGAGGCUAGCAGGAACAGGACUGAAUCCCCUGCCUUCAAUGUGACUGGAGAAAGACCUGUGGAACAAGAAAAUACAGAACCCAGAGUGUUCACCGAAGAUGGCCAGCUCUGCAGUUUUCCUUUCCGCUACGGUGGGCGGAUGCACCAUUCUUGCACCUCUAAUGUCAGGUCCCUGAAGAAAUGGUGCGCAACCACACAUUAUGAUCGGGACCGGAGGUGGGGAUAUUGCAUCAUGGCACCCAAAGAGAACUCAAGCAGUCUGGAUUACUGUGCCUCCAGCCCUUGCAGAAAUGGAGGAUCCUGCUCCAACUCCCAUGACUCCACUUCUUACCAUUGUGCCUGUCCUGAGGAAUUCACUGGCAAGGACUGCGAAAUGGUAAAAUGCUUCGAUGAAACCCGUUAUGAGUACUUUGACAUAGAUGAAAGUUGGGCUCGAAUCCAUCAAGGGGUCGUAGAAUGGUGCAGUUGCUCCAGGGGCCACAUUGACUGUGAGACGAUACGAUACACAGCCUGUGUGAAUAACCCAUGCCUCCAUGACAGUGUCUGUAGGAUGAUUGUCUCCACUGGGAAGACCAUCUGUGGUUGCCAUGGAAUCAACGUAGGGAAAUACUGCAACAUUGUCCCUAGUGAGACCUGUUACUUCGGCAAUGGCACAGAAUAUCGGGGCAUUGCCAAGAAGACCAUCUCGGGCCAGAGCUGUUUGCCCUGGAAUUCAGAUGUGCUGUAUCAGGAGCUCCAUGUGGACAGUGUAGAGAAGGCUGUGCACCUGGGGCUUGGUCCUCACUCCUACUGCAGAAAUCCCGACAGUGAUGAGAAGCCGUGGUGUUACAUCAUGAAGGACAACACUCUCUCCUGGGAGUACUGCAACAUCUCAGCCUGUGUGAACCAUCCCAGGAGUGGGGCAAAUCCCGGUAUGGAACUUUUGAUGAUCCCCAACGUUCCUGUGACCAGCAGACGGGGCUGUGGGAAGAGGCACAAGAAGAGGACGUUCCUGAGGCCUCGAAUUAUUGGAGGCUCAUCCUCCUUGCCCGGAUCCCACCCAUGGAUGGCAGCCUUGUACAUAGGGGAAAACUUCUGUGCUGGCAGCCUCAUCCAAUCCUGCUGGGUUGUAACAGCUGCCCAUUGUUUCUCCAAUAGCCCACCCAAGUCAAGUGUCACAGUCGUCCUUGGCCAGCAUUUCUUCAAUACAUCCACAGAUGUGACACAAUCCUUUGAAAUUGAGAAAUAUAUACAGUAUCCAUUGUACUCUGUCUUUAGUCCUAGCAAUCAUGACGUUGCUCUGAUUAGGCUGAAGAAGAAGGGGGACCGAUGUGCUGUGAAAUCCCAGUUUGUCCAGCCCAUCUGCCUCCCAGAGAAUGGCAUCACAUUUCCUGAUAAUCACAAAUGCCAGAUUGCGGGAUGGGGACACAUGUAUGAGAAUGUCACAGGUUACUCCAGCUACUUACGAGAAGCUCUGAUUCCUCUCAUUCCUGAUCACAAAUGUAGCAGCCCUGAAGUCUAUGGUGCAGACAUCACUGCCAACAUGUUCUGUGCUGGUUACUUUGACUGCAAAUCAGAUGCCUGCCAGGGUGACUCAGGGGGGCCCCUCGCCUGUGAAAAGAAUGGGGUUUCUUACCUUUAUGGCAUCAUCAGCUGGGGUGACGGCUGCGGCAAGUUCAACAAGCCUGGCGUUUAUACGCGAGUGACUAACUACGUCAACUGGAUCAAUGAAAAAAUACGGCCCAAGAAAGGAGCCCCUGAUGCCUGAGAGAAGCCCUGAGGAAUCCUCCUGGCCCUGCUCGGCCUCUGGACAUUGCUGGAUGUAUUCUUCAUCACGAGGGCCUGGCUGCUUGGAACUGUGCUAACCUUUUGCAAGAAUACUUUGCCAUGACAACAAUAAAGCAUUUUUGAAAGUUCUA